UGUGCUGAAUAUGGUUCUACAACGUUAGAUGGUGUACCGUCCGGGGGGCUUGUUACAGUGGUACAGAGCGACAAUAGUGUCCACUCACCCCUCGGACAACACUUCGGCUGGACAGAAGAGAGGGCGCUGCCAAGUGAAAUCGAGUCACGAUCCGUCAAAGGCGUUGCUGAGGCUGACCUCCUUGUCGGGCGAGGCAGGGAAGAGGAUGAGGCCACGCCCUGCCUGCAAAAUGGGCAGGCUGGGCUGAAAAUCCGUCUUGACGAGGCCGCAUGA